GAUAUCGACGUGUUUGAAUUAAUGUGGAUAGAAAGCGAGGACACGGGUUUGUUUGAUGGCCGGCAUUUGGAGCUCUUGAGAAAAGAUUUGGCCUACUUUAUCCAAACAAUGUAUGCAGUCAAGUAGUAGUCUCACGGUGAUGGCAUACAGUAACACAAGAAGUAGUCUAACGGUGAUGGCAUACAGUAACACAAGUAGUAGUCUAACGGUGAUGGCAUACAGUAACACAAGUAGUAGUCUAACGGUGAUGGCAUACAGUAACACAAGUAGUAGUCUAACGGUGAUGGCAUACAGUAACACAAGUAGUAGUCUAACGGUGAUGGCAUACAGUAACACAAGUAGUAGUCUAACGGUGAUGGCAUACAGUAACACAACUAGUAGUCUAACGGUGAUGGCAUACAGUAACACAAGUAGUAGUCUAACGGUGAUGGCAUACAGUAACACAAGUAGUAGUCUAACGGUGAUGGCAUACAGUAACACAAGUAGUAGUCUAACGGUGAUGGCAUACAGUAACACAAGUAGUAGUCUAACGGUGAUGGCAUACAGUAACACAAGUAGUAGUCUAACGGUGAUGGCAUACAGUAACACAAGUAGUAGUCUAACGGUGAUGGCAUACAGUAACACAAGUAGUAGUCUAACGGUGAUGGCAUACAGUAACACAAGAAGUAGUCUCACGGUGGCAUACAGUAACACAAGAAGUAGUCUCACGGUGGCAUACAGUAACACAAGAAGUAGUCUCACGGUGGCAUACAGUAACACAAGUAGUAGUCUAACGGUGAUGGCAUACAGUAACACAAGUAGUAGUCUAACGGUGAUGGCAUACAGUAACACAAGUAGUAGUCUAACGGUGAUGGCAUACAGUAAUACAAGAAGUAGUCUAACGGUGAUGGCAUACAGUAACACAAGAAGUAGUCUCACGGUGAUGGCAUACAUAGUAACACAAGUAGUAGUCUAACGGUGAUGGCAUACAGUAACACAAGUAGUAGUCUAACGGUGAUAGCAUACAGUAACACAAGUAGUAGACUAAUGGUGAUGGCAUACAGUAACACAAGUAGUAGUCUAACGGUGAUGGCAUACAGUAACACAAGUAGUAGUCUCACGGUGGCAUACAGUAACACAAGUAGUAGUCUCACGGUGAUGGCAUACAGUAACACAAGUAGUAGUCUAACGGUGAUGGCAUACAGUAACACAAGAAGUAGUCUCACGUUGGCAUACAGUAACACAAGAAGUAGUCUAACGGUGAUGGCAUACAGUAACACAAGUAGUAGUCUAACGGUGAUGGCAUACAGUAACACAAGUAGUAGUCUAACGGUGAUGGCAUACAGUAACACAAGUAGUAGUCUAACGGUGAUGGCAUACAGUAAUACAAGAAGUAGUCUAACGGUGAUGGCAUACAGUAACACAAGAAGUAGUCUCACGGUGAUGGCAUACAGUAACACAAGAAGUAGUCUAACGGUGAUGGCAUACAGUAACACAAGUAGUAGUCUAACGGUGAUGGCAUACAGUAAUACAAGAAGUAGUCUAACGGUGAUGGCAUACAGUAACACAAGAAGUAGUCUCACGGUGAUGGCAUACAUAGUAACACAAGUAGUAGUCUAACGGUGAUGGCAUACAGUAACACAAGUAGUAGUCUAACGGUGAUAGCAUACAGUAACACAAGUAGUAGACUAAUGGUGAUGGCAUACAGUAACACAAGUAGUAGUCUAACGGUGAUGGCAUACAGUAACACAAGUAGUAGUCUCACGGUGGCAUACAGUAACACAAGUAGUAGUCUCACGGUGAUGGCAUACAGUAACACAAGUAGUAGUCUAACGGUGAUGGCAUACAGUAACACAAGAAGUAGUCUCACGUUGGCAUACAGUAACACAAGAAGUAGUCUAACGGUGAUGGCAUACAGUAACACAAGUAGUAGUCUAACGGUGAUGGCAUACAGUAACACAAGUAGUAGUCUAACGGUGAUGGCAUACAGUAACACAAGUAGUAGUCUAACGGUGAUGGCAUACAGUAAUACAAGAAGUAGUCUAACGGUGAUGGCAUACAGUAACACAAGAAGUAGUCUCACGGUGAUGGCAUACAGUAACACAAGUAGUAGUCUAACGGUGAUGGCAUACAGUAACACAACUAGUAGUCUAACGGUGAUGGCAUACAGUAACACAAGUAGUAGUCUCACGGUGAUGGCAUACAGUAACACAAGUAGUAGUCUAACGGUGAUGGCAUACAGUAAUACAAGAAGUAGUCUAACGGUGAUGGCAUACAGUAACACAAGAAGUAGUCUAACGGUGAUGGCAUACAGUAACACAAGUAGUAGUCUAACGGUGAUGGCAUACAGUAACACAAGUAGUAGUCUAACGGUGAUGGCAUACAGUAACACAAGUAGUAGUCUAACGGUGAUGGCAUACAGUAACACAAGUAGUAGUCUAACGGUGGCAUACAGUAACACAAGUAGUAGUCUAACGGUGAUGGCAUACAGUAACACAAGUAGUGGUCUAACGGUGAUGGCAUACAGUAACACAAGUAGUGGUCUAACGGUGAUGGCAUACAGUAACACAAGUAGUAGUCUAACGGUGAUGGCAUACAGUAACACAACUAGUAGUCUAACGGUGAUGGAAUACAGUAACACAAGAAGUAGUCUAACGGUGAUGUCAUACAGUAACACAAGUAGUAGUCUAACGGUGAUGGCAUACAGUAACACAAGUAGUAGUCUAACGGUGAUGGCAUACAGUAACACAAGUAGUAGUCUAACGGUGAUGGCAUACAGUAACACAAGUAGUAGUCUAACGGUGGCAUACAGUAACACAAGUAGUAGUCUAACGGUGAUGGCAUACAGUAACACAAGUAGUGGUCUAACGGUGAUGGCAUACAGUAACACAAGUAGUAGUCUAACGGUGAUGGCAUACAGUAACACAAGUAGUAGUCUAACGGUGAUUUUGAUAAAA